GAACCUCCAGUCUUGUGUGUUUUUGUGUGUGUAGUUUGGCUCCUCGCUUAACUAACGCGCUUCAGUAACUUGUAAAGUUUGUAAAUAUUAAUCCCCCCCACACACACACAUAUAAAUUACACGAUCGGUAACAGCUGAAUAACAAGCAGAUCUUGCUUACAAAUGUAUGUUUGAACAGCCUAGGAAAUAGCUUGUAAUGAUAACCUGGUAACUAUACAAUGACUCCAGUAUUUAUAUCAAAAUCUAGCAAAACUGUUGCAUUCAUGAUUUUGUUUUGUAACCAUAAUGCAGCUGUAAAACUAUCAAGUAUAGACUACACAGCAUGCUUAAUCAACUAGUACAUUGGUUUGCUCAGUCCCAUAAAGGAUUCACUGCAUACUAUAGCUUUAUGACUGGUUCACUCUCUGCACUAUUUUUGGAAAGCAGUACAAGGCAUCUGAGAUAUCCUUCUGAUGAGUGUAAAUCAGGUGCAAAAACAGUGUUCAGGAAAUAGACUGUGCCUCUGAAGGAGAUGUGAUCUCAUGCGAAAGCAGAGCUGGAGAAAAGCAAGUUACUAGAAAUAACUUUAAAAGCUGUUUUUUUUUUUUUUUCUUUUCUUUUUUUCUGGCUGUCAUGUAAUCAACCCUAUUCCCAAUGCUGUAAGCAGCUUUUAAAGGAUUGCUUAAUCUAAAACCUCACAGUCAUUAUUUGUAUUAGUAAUUAGUCAUUGUAUUGACAUUAUUAGGAAAGAUUUGGGAGGAUUGUUGGUACAGUUUCCUCAAUGUAUAAAUUAUUGCAUGUUUUCUCUUUGCCAAGAGAAGAACCGGGGAGGUCUUGGCAUGCUGUGUCUCGACUUACUGCUCAUCUGUCCUUUAGGGCAUUGUAUGGCAUCCAAAAGGAAUUUAAAUAACUUUAAGAUGCCGGAGCAAGUGUUUGAGCAGGUUCUUUUAAAGUUUUAAAUGAAAGUUUGUCUUAAUCAUGAAUACAGCUAGCAUGCAGAAAAUCUAUCUACAAGUUACAUGGGGAGUCAAAUCUGUUUUUCUUCAUUCGACGUAUACUAAUUUAGAUUCACUGGAACAUAGUAUGAGAGAACGGGUUUUCUACUGUGACAGUACAUAGAUCAUAGACCAUAGAUUUGUGCAGUGAUUGCAUGCCAAAGAUGGAGGUUAUAGAGGGGCACGAGAGUCUGAGAACAGUUGCCUUCAACUCAAUUCGUGAAGAGCAUACAUUUUUGAAUAGCAGCAUUUUGAAGUUGCUUGUAUGUCAUUUGAUAUUUGAGUUGUGUUGAGCAUUGAGGUAUUUCAUAUGGACCUCCUCUAACAAAACAACCAGUUACUCCAAAAGUUUUAAGAGUUCACAUUGAACUUGUUUCCAUGUGUUGAAUAUUUGGAAUGGGAAUAAAAGAGCUGAUAAAUGCUUUGGGAAAAUGGUUGUAAUCGACCAUACUGACAACUUUCUACUGUUUCUUAAGCGAACAGUAAUUUUCUAUCUAACAUUAUCUUACCAAAUAUUUGGCUUUGGUUUUACAGUCAUGAUAAGCUGUAAUCAGUGGAUAUGUGUGAAAUUCUAUGCUGGUGUUUAUCUUGUGGUUCAUUCAUGCACGGCUGUGAAUCAUUUAUUCCGCUUAUUGCCAGCAAUCUUAUACCUCAACUUAAAAUGGAGUAUCAGUUUUUAAUCACUGAGCUGUGCCCAAUUUGAUUAAAUCUAUUCCCAUGCUGUAAUCCAUUGCACAAUUACUGCAGGUUGGUAUUACUGGAUAUCCAUGAUUGCACAUUUUUAGUAGUCUGGAUUAGGCAGGAAUAGAGUUGUGUAGAACACAGCUAACCAGUUCAUACCAUCUGUUCCCAGAAAUGUACAUGUCUAAAGAAAUAACCUACAUUUUUAUUCCCCAUAUUUUACACACACCAAAUACACACUAGUAAUUAUGGUAAUAUUUCUAAACAGACUUUACGUUGUGUAAAACAGACUCCGAAUGGUCUCUUCCUAAUUGGUCGAUUGCAUAUUGACCUGAAAUGACUUACGUGCGUGUAUGUGUGGGGGCAUGCUCUCAGUUACAGCCCUGAACAAAAAAGCUGGCUGUCGUGAACUCUUUCAUAAUAGGAGGCCUUUGGUCGCAUAGCAACAGCGAAUGCCAUUCUGUCCUGCCAUGUCUAAGCCCCUCCCUCCUUGCAAAGGUCCUGCUAGGGAUAAGGUAACCAAAUGCUCUCUCCAGUAAACUUAGCCUUGUAACAUUAACACAGGCCUGAGCUGGACCUUGAACCGUGGAGUGAUGUAUGCAGAGGCGUGUUAGAAUGAGUGCAGUCUGAUUGCCCAAAGGUGAUGGAAGCCAGCACUGAGAAUAUUUGUUAGGCAAGGAAUCACUGCUACAAGUUCAGGGGGCUCUGAGAGCAAGAGCCCACACUUUAGCAGUGUGUUCGUGAUGCUCUGACAAGUCGACUCUGAAUUGGGGGCUGGUAGAUAAAUAUGUGAGGAAUAUGCACAGAGUUAUGCGUUUGGUCUAGUCUGAGACUUUUCCAUACCACUGAUGGGAUCAAUUCCAUGAGAAAGGAUCUUGACUCGGGGAAGAGAAUUGUGGAACAUAGCUGGUGUUUUGCUUUGGCUGAUGCUUAAAGGCUUACCACAAGAGAAAGUAAACAGUCAAACCAUAGAUGUUUGGGCCUUGAAGUCAGCUCCUCUGAACUUAAAACCACUCCGACAGCCAAAGGCAUGGAGGUUCCCCUUAGCUCUAUGCACCUCUCAUCGUUUGCAGAGGACCAAAAUGGAAAUGACAUUACUUGCCUUAGUAACCCUUCAUCCGAUUCACCAAGGGACAGCAGAAGUCAUGGCAAGACAAACAGCCCUGCUGAUGUAGAGAUGACCAGGGACUGUGUCAGUGAGUUGUUUUCAACUACAAGCAUAAUUAAUAAAGUGGAUGUACACUCAGACUUGGCCACUGUCAGCUGUAUGAAAACUGCAGACGACAACUGUAACCAGAAUGUGACUCUUAUGGUCUCGGGCCUGCAAAAUGGCGAUAUUGAUUCUGAAAGUACCAGGUUAGAUGUCCAUGGUCUCCUUGUAAUGAAAUGUGAUGACAUUUCAAAGAUGUGCGUAAACACUGAUGCGCAACAAGCUUUUGUCAUAGGAUCAGUUACUUCGUCAUGCUCUAGCACCAGUGAGAACUACACCUCUGUGAGCUCUGGUGAGAUGCUAAUUAGGAGCAAAAGUUUUAUCAUUCAUGAGUCUGAUCAACUACUCAGUGCCUCAGUCUUAGAGGAAUCAUCAGAUAUGCCUUCUGAUCUUGGCCUGAUUCCUGGCUUGCUGCCUGAUGUCUGUGAGGGUCUUGUUAAUAACAUGGUCAGUGCUUCAGAACAAAACGGCAAACAUCCUGACUUUGGACUCACCUUCAUCCAGCCAAGCAAUCAGACAUUCACAAUGGAAGAGGAUGUCUUUCAAACAAUUCCUCAUAAUGCACCUGGGGAAAGCAGAGCAUCACAUUUAGUUGCAGGAGAUAAUCAUACUGAAUGUGUCACACCAGUUAAUCUGAAAAAAAGUCAUUUUGAAGCUGAAAGAUCCACUCGUUCCACGUCAGCUGAUGGAAAAACAUUCCAAUUUCCAACCUCUGAGGAACUAGAUAUCAGUGGUAAUGCCCAGACGUCUACUCCUGUUCAGUAUAUGAGCUCUAAAACAUUUUGCUUUUCAGACUCUCCUCUUAACUUGAGUAAGAAUGAUUUUGGGAGUCCAUUGGUCCAAGUCAUGAAGGAACAGCAAAGUUGUCAGAAGUUGUCAGAACAGCAAAGUUGUCAGAAACCCGAAACUUCAUUGACUACAUCCACUAAAAGUAAUAAGUCAGAAACUAAGAAGUAUGUCAAGCCUGACUUCAGUAAUAUAAAAUCUAAAAUAAUGUCUAGACCCACGAGUGCCUUAAAGCAGUCAAGUGCAACUGUUGUCAGUGCUUCAUCGAAUAUAAGACUGCACAAAAAACAGACUAGACCUUCCCAUUCCAUGCAAAGCAUAGCAUCUCCUACCAGAUCUACCUCUGCAAUUUCUUCCAGCUCCACUCUCCCAUGUGGUAGCCAUAAGACGGAUGAGAACAAUGUGAUUAAAAGAACUCGCUCAUCCACUUUUCAAGAUACUUCACCUGCUGCAAAGUCCCGGGUUCGCACAUGGUCUGAGGCUUCCAGCACAUCAAAAACGAAUGGAGAAGACAUGACUGUAAAGGAGUCUGAGGUCGGUAGGAUCGUAAACACCUUCCCUAAUGCAAAAAGCUCAUCUGUAGGAGGUUUUCUGAGUCUAACUAGCCUGACCAAACUUGGAGACAGACAUGCUUCUUUUAGAGAUGAAAAAUGUCUCAAGAAACCACAGAAAACAAGUACAAAAGCAGACUCGACCCGGCCGGUAGGAGCAGCACCGUGUGAUUUGCGCAAAAGCAGUCUUGGCUUCCAGCCAUUAUCAUCCAGGACAGGAGGCAGUUCGCCAGCACAAACUCCCGUUGCAAGUCUUCGGCCAGCACCUCUUUCUGCAUCAAAGCCUAAGCUUGGCACGGCAUGGAAAAAUGGCUGCACCACCACUGACAUGCCUACUCCGAGGAGCAAACUGAGCACAUCUGGAGGUAAUCCAAGCAUGCGUGUUACUGAAGGUACAGGACCCGAGGGUUCAGGGGGAAAGGUUUCCAGAUUCUCUCUUAUUGCUGGCAACGCACAUUCAUCUGCCUCAAAACUGCCAGUGAAGACAAGAACCCAGCUCAAAAGCUUGAGUACCUCCAGUGGACACACAAAGCCUGCUGCCUGUUCUGGGAAAUCUAAGACUCCACUACCGAGAAAUUUGGAGUCAUCUUCAGGAGCUUUAGCUAAACCUUCCAAUAACAGGAUCACUUCAUUAAGAAGCAGGCUCCAAAGUCUUUCUCCCAAAGUCUCAUCUAUUGGAAAAAAGAACACACCUUCACUGUCACAUCCAUCUGUGAGGACUGCAGUGAGCGUCUCAAAACCCCCUGCUUCAUCACGACCUACUCGACUUACUGCUACUUGUUCAGUUGACAAAAGCAAGGUAAAGGGGAGCUCACGGAGCCAGCAGCAGGGCCACGCCAGCAGCCAUCCGGACCUGGUGCUACCGGAGACCAAGCUACGAGGAUUGGAGUACUACAAGGCUCUGUGUGAGAAAAAGAACCAAACCAUCCAGCAGCUGAAGAACAGCUUCAUUGCUAGCAACCGCAGAUUUGAGGCCAUCGCUGUUGUUGUGCAAAACCUUUACGUACAGCAUGAAGAAUCGGUGAAACGGCGCCAGGAGCGUUCUGUGGAGCUGCUCAACCUGCGUGAAGAACUUGGAGAGAUGCAUUUUUUCCCCCAUGAAACUGGAGAUUGGUAAAUAAAUCACGUUUUUGUCUGGCAUUUCAAUAUGUUUCUGAGCCUUUUUCUACUUUGGUUAGAAAAUCUGACUUUGAAAACCAUAAAUAUAUAUUAACCAUCCAUCCGUGUACUGAAUUAUUGUAGGCCUAACAUUUGAAAAGGUUUGUUUCUGUAAUGAUGUAGUCUGUCAGUACCUGACACACAGUCAACAAAGCUGUAAUGACAUUGUAUUUUUUCCAUAUUUAUUGCUUUUUUUCAAAUGUUUUGCCAUAUCAGACAUACUUAAUUCUCUGUACGAUCAUAAUCCUGCUGUUUUGGCCUCUUAACACAUUCCAAACAUCUAGAGAGGCUUAGGAUCCCCACAUGACUCCCUUUGGCCAACUCACAACAUGAGCCAUACUAAUAUCGAAGAGUGUUAUCCUGUUACCAGCACAAUGUUUCAAAUAUUGAUUUCUGCUUGCUGUUUAAGACUGUCAUGAGGUGUGUGUUUCAAUAAACCCACUGAACUUCGCUUGUUCAAACUGGGGGGUGUUUUUUAUUGUUUUGGCGUCUGUCCAGAUUCGCCAUAUUAAAAGCCCAGUCUUCUAAACCGCACUAAUGUAGAUUGUUCUCAGAAGCUUCAGUAAACUCUCAGUCCUGUCCACCCACAUUAGCUUUGGUGUGCCUGUUACAAAACCAUUUAUCAGUGCUACACUGAUAAUAGCUCAUGAGGGAAAUGUUGCCCACACCACACUUUAAAGCUUCUAUAAUUAUAUGUAAUUUUCCCCCCACUGUGUCACUACACAUGAAAACAUUCAUAACUUCAUCAUUAGGAGAGAUCCAUGUAAUCUAAUGCUUUUGGUUUAGUGCAGGGAUUCUCCACCCCCAGUCAGGGAGAUUCUUUGCUUUGCAUAGUUUCAAGUUUUUCCAACUGCUAACAUACCUCAGGUGUCUAGUUCAUAAGCUAAUGAUAUACUAAAACCUUUCCAUUUGUUGGCAUGUAGAAAAUUCCCAUAGCAUCACUACAUGUUCUAUUUAGCUAGCUUUACAGUAGAACUCACCAAGUGAUGAUCAUCCCAUACCUUUUGAGUUGUUGUCUACAUGGAUUUCGGCUAACUUGCUUGCUUGAUAUGUGACAGUAUGACAACUCGCCGCAAUGAUUUCCCCAUCCCCUUUUCCCCAGUAACAAACACUCCUGAUGUGUAUUGGUUGCUUUUCCAUUCACUUGCAUUAUUUGGAUUAUUUAUAGGCUGGGCAUCUGCGGUCUGGAGUAUAAAUUUACCCUGUAAUAGAAUUACACUGCAGAUUUAUGAAACGCAUCCAGCCGUUAGUGAUUGUUGGUUCAGGCUCAUCUACUGUCCCUGGAACUGCAGAGGUCAUGUUUUCGUUCUCAACCAGGGACAGGUUACAGAACAGACACUGUUUGUCCUCUAGCUAAAGUAUACAGUAUGUUGUUUUUUUCUAGUUUGUGCUCAUGACUCCUUCAUGAUCGCUCCUAGUAUAAACAUGAUUUGAUUAAGGUAUUUACACAGGGCGUGACUGUUCGGCCCAAGGGUUGUUUAACAGACUGUUUUGUGUUACAGCAACAAAUCAACUGAACCCAAGCACCUCCUCGUUAUUACUGAUUAGAUUCAGAUGAGGGUCAGUGACUCACUCUGUCCUGUGGAUAAGUGUCCUAAAUGAACUUUGUUUCAGUUUUUUCUGGAUUUGAGAUAUUGAGAUCAGAUUUUAUAGGCAAUGGCACUUUUUUUUUUUUGUUGGCUUUCAAGCACACAAUAUAUCCCAGUUGUAUAGGUCACAGCUGUCUGUCCUCUGUCUGUGCCACUCUUGCAGACCAGAGAAACACUUUUAGGCUGGUAAUUCCUAAAGGACACUGACAAUCGUUUUGCAUCUAGAAAACUGAAUUGCAUGAUGUCCGUUGAUAUUGUUGAUAAUGUGGCUUCACACAUGCCUUAGAACACAAGAAGUUGCAGCUGUGAUUCCAGCAGUCGCUUGACAGUGUGGAUAAAGAACAACAGUGGGGUUUGUGUGUGUGUGUGUGUGUGUGUGUGUGUGUGUGUGUGUGUGUGUGUGUGUGUGUGUGUGUGUGUGUGUGUGUGUGUGUCAGCACCCUCAGGGGACUGGGUUAAGAGGCAUCUGUUAUCAGUAAUAAGAGAAGCUAUUUACAAAUUUCCAACUUUGCUCUGAUUAUGAAAGUAUGAGUUUUGACACAUGAGCAUGUUAUUGUCGCUUUUAUUAUCCUGUCUGGGUUUUUUUUUUUUAUAUAUAUAUAUAUUUUAUUUCAUUUGUUAUUCUUUCAUCAUAAUGCAUGUAAUGUUGUAGCUUUACUUUGUAGUGCUGUCAAAGAUGCUGUAAGUGCGGUAACAACUGUGUGCAAGGAAGAAUGCUUUUCAAAUGAAUCACACCAUGGAGUAUUGGCAGAACCUUAUGUCAAGACAGCAAAUGUGCUUUAAUGCCAGCAGCUUGUCCUUUCCAGAUUCGGUGCACAGUGAUCAGUCCUUUUAAUCUUGCACUGAAUAUCAUAAGAUGAAAAAAUUGUCAGCACAAAAAAAUGACCUUUAGCAGAGGAGCUCUGCAUUUUGUGUAUUUAUGUACAAACAUUUUAGUUGCGAUAUGGUAGUAUGAUCUGUAGAAAUGCAUUCAAUGAUGCACCUAUUGUCAUGAAUUAAACAAAUCAAUGUGUU